UCGUUAGCAUCUCGCAGUAGUAGAAUAUGCAAUCAUGGUUCUCUCUGGCCAACCUUAUCAGUCUUGUAAAGCAACUAGUAGAAAGCAUUCUUACUGACCAAUCCUCCCCACGAACUUCCUGCUUCUUGCUUUUCGUUGAUCUCCUCCUUGACCAAUAAGAUAACUACAAUUGCUUGGGUUAUCAGAAAGAAGCAUAUGGUACGAAAAUAACUGAGCAUCAGCUGAGAUUUUCAAACAAAUCUUUCAGAAUGUUUUCGAUUAAUAAUUUAAAGUUGCAAUGCAGUAUAUUCAGUUGUAGCCUCUUGAGUUUCUGAUCUGUUUUGCUCGGAUACGCAACAGAGCUAUUUUUCUGAUCAAUUCUUUUCUCUGGGCAGCUUUUAGAUCCAUUUCGUUACUUUCUUCCUCUAUCGGUUGUAAAUAUUCAUCAUAGUUUCCCCCUUGAUCAUCACGAGGUGAUUCUUCAGUUUGCCUUCGUGUUAGCUCCGUUGGCGCGUUUCUAUCGUCAGAAGCACCAUUCUGUUCCCGAAUAUUAUAUUUUGGGGUCGCCCUGGCCGUUCUAUCGACUUUUGCCACAUCCGAUUGCGCGUCGAUAAAAAUUGUUUUAGGGGGCUCUUCACGCUCCGGUUCUCUACCUAAGUCUGCGUGUCUACCAGUCUCCAUUCUCUUAAUUUUCAUCUGAGUGCGAUGUUGCGGUUCUGUUUUUUUAAAGUUAAAGCUUUCCAAAUACUCAUGCUCUGGAGUAUUAUGUUGGAGUCUUGAUUUGUCAAUGUCUUCCGAUUCAUGAGAUAUUGGAGUGCGAUGUCGGGGUGGCAUUUUCGUGAGGAGAUCAUUCGAUCGUCUUAAAGAAUCCAAGAGAAUCGACAUUUUUAAUUCUUUUUCAUCUUUACUGUUUGCAUCUAUCAACGGAUUUUCUCUGUCUAUAUCAGACCUUCCUUCUUUGAAACUUUCAUAUUCAUCAAAAGAAAGCGUCUCGGCGCUUGAUCCUACUGAGUUUCUGUCGUCGUCGAUGUGAUCAUAAUCUUGUAGAAAUAUAGCCCAGAAGCUAUCGAGGAUACCGCCAGGCUCUUCCUCUUUCAUCAUGGUAUCUCUGUUUGAAUAUCAGCCGACUACGCUUCUCGAAUACGUCUUGAUGAAUAAUUCCAUCCAGCAACA